GUUUGUUUGAGCACGACAUCCGAAAUUAGUAUUAUUUGGUGAUACGUCUUGAGUGGAGGUCCCUCUCGUUUUGGCUCGGCUCUGUUUUUAUUUACCCAAAUUUUGAACUUUGAUCGUUGGGAUUGUGCUGUCUCGAAUAAUGACGGAUUGUACAUUGUGUCAGUUUGUCGGACUUUUGGUCAAAUACUACCUCUACGCUUGGGUGAUUGGAGUUGGAGUUUGGUUUCUGCUAAUAUUGGCCUCAAAAGUGGGAAGCGAUGGGAGCAAGUUCAGAUACUACGCAAAGUUCGGUAUGAUUUACUACGCGACACAAGCGUUCACAACACUUUUCGCGCCGUUCUCACUCCUAAGGCCAAGGAAUCCCGCCAACGCCGGAAUAAUCUGUGCAGUGUCGUCACGAGCUUCCACCCUUUUGCCAAUCACCUGGGAGCUACGCAAUGCCAAGAUUCUGCGGGAAGCUGAAGGGGCGGUGGUGAUGGCCAAUCACCAGUCGUCUAUGGAUAUUUUGGGUCUCGAAAUUCUAUGGAGCACUAUGCGAAAUGUGAUCUCAAUCGCCAAAAAGGAAUUGCUGUUCCUCAUCCCAUUUGGGCCUGCUGCUUGGCUGGCUGGAAUUACUUUCAUCAAUCGCAAGAACCGUCCGUCGGCGAUGAAAACACUGGAGGGCUGCAAGCGUAAAAUGGUGCAGAAAGGUUUUAAGAUGUACAUCUAUCCGGAAGGCACUCGGUUUCCAGAGAAGGGCAUGCUUCCCUUCAAGAAAGGUGGCUUCCACACGGCCAUCGAGGCCGGCGUACCGAUCAUUCCGGUGGUGUUCUCGCACAUCUAUUUUAUCGAUCCCAAAAAGUACAGCUUUAAGCCGGGCCAUGUCAUCAUGAAUGUACUGAAGCCGAUACCGACUAAAGGCUUGACCAAGGAUAACUUGGACGAUCUGAUUAAGCGGACUCGCGAUGCCAUGCUGACAGAGUACGAGAAACUGUCGGCUGAAAUGGAUGCCAAUUUGGCCAACCCCAAAUGGUUGCAAGCCAGUCGACCCCGGUUUGUUUCAUACGAUGGUAAGAAAACCAAUUAAUAGUUUUAAGAUGUUUAUUUUUUCGUGGGUUCAAAGUUCCACUGGUGGUUCAAAUAAAAUCAUUAUUGGUGUUAUCAAAAUAAA